CGCGGCCUCGCCUCCCAUUCCAGUCUUCUCUCCAAGACACUCACCUGCCUCUACCUCUGUGUGCUUCUGCGUCACCAGACCGCGUGCCGCGUCACGCACGCCAAGGAGCAGUUGCCAGUUCGGCGUCUCGGUCCCGUUCUUCCUUCUUCCUCCCCCGGCCGGAUGGACCUGCCACCCAGCCCCAGCUCGGCGCCGGAGGAGCCGUGCCAGUGGGCCGGCGCCGGCCUCGGCUAUGCGGCGUGCGGCCUGGCCGGGAGGGUGCUCUGCGUCUUCGCCACCUGCGUCUUCGCGGCCGUGGGGUCGCUGGUCGGGGCGGUGACGGGGUCCAUGAUCGGGCUGGCGACCGAGAGCGGGAUGCUGCGCGGCGCCGGCAUUGGGGCCAUCUCCGGCGCCGUCUUCUCCAUCGAGGUCGCCGAGGCCUCGCGCGACCUCUGGCACUCGGGCGACUCCGGCGUCUGGACCAUCCUCAACAUGGUGGACAUCAUCUCCAGCCUCCUGAGCGGCAGACUGGUCCGGGAGAAGGUGGGGCCGGCGGUCCAGAGCGCCGUGCAGAGUCAGAUCAGCGCCAUCAGCUCGCCGUUCGCGGAGACGAGCGACCUGUUCGAGACGGGGGGCAGCAGGGGCAUCACGGCGGACGCGCUGCGGCGGCUGCCGGCGAUGGAGAUCGCGGAGGACAGCGCCGUGGAUACUGCGGGGGAGGCGCUCUGCUGCUCGGUGUGCCUGCAGGACUUCCGGGUGGGCGAGCCCGCGCGGAGGCUCCCCGGGUGCCGGCACGUGUUCCACGUGCCCUGCAUCGACUGCUGGCUCGUCAGGCACGGCUCCUGCCCGCUCUGCCGGCGAGACAUCUGACCGGCGAUUCGAUCGCCGGCGUCCGCUUGCGUCUCCGUAAAUCGCCGUCGUGGUGCGCCGAUCAGGUGCUAUACUUUGGACUGAACGAGCUGUUGGGUUAGUGGAGUAGGGUUUGUAGGACGGCGCCUGAUGCCCGUAAGGGAAAUGGUGCUCUCUGGUGGUGAGGGGAAAAAAAUCAUCUGCCUAAGGAAAAUCAAAAGAUAAAAAAAAAUGGGUGGGAAAAACAAGAGAUGGAUUGGGUUCAAGUGUGGAUAAGAGUGAUUCAGAUAUUGUGUGUGUUUGUCUUACUCUGAUCUGGCUUGAUUC